AUGAUGACGCAUCCCCCAAGAACCCUCCCCGGUACUUUGCCUAGGAGCACUCCUCCGGUCAAAUCCAUACUCAAGCCUGCCUCAGCUCUUGGUCGCAGGAAGGACCAGCACGAUACGCCCAGCGAGGGCUCAGAGGCCCAGGAGGCUUCCAGCAAGCGCCGCAAGGUGUUCUUCGACGAUAUAAAGAAUGUGACGUACGAGGUCGGCCGGCGAACAAUGGAUGAAGUCAAGUUAGAAGUGCGCAUGGCGCUCGAGACACACCUCCGGGGAGACGACGGCCAGUACGACGGCCUGAAAGAGAUGUUCGCCAACGAUAAGAAGAGAUACCUGCCGCCGGUGGUGGGAGAAGAAGAUGAUACACUGAAGCCUCACGAGCUGCAGGUUUACCUGAUGGCCCUGACUGGCUGCAUCCCUAUUCUGAAGAGCAAGGACUGCAAUGGCCUGGUCAAGGUCAUUCUCAACUGCUCUUGGUUGGGGCGAGAUGCCGCCUUUGUCAAAGUGUUUACGCACUUUCUAGCCGCACUGGUCAGCGCUCAGGGAUCCUACCUCAACCAAGUCUUGACCAUGAUCGUGGACAAGUUCCACGACACUCGCCCAUCCUCAUGGCGAGUCCCCGAUUUCCCCGAGAUCAGCCGCGACACGAUGCGAGAGAGGCUGCAUUCGACCUUACAAUACCUUCUCAAGAUGUUCCCAUCCGCCGUUGGAGUGUUAGAAAACCUGCUGAGAAGCAAGUUCCCGUUCCUCGACGAUUCGAUGAGAGUCCACAUGGCCUAUAUCCACAACCUUCUUCAGGUCAAGGAAUAUGUGCCCGACUUGCAGGAUGACAUUUUCGACAUGAUACUAGAUCGCGUUGUUAAAAUUGACUCACAGAUGCAGUUGGAUUUGGAAGACACGGACGAUGACAUCACUGCCGCCGUCAUGUACGCGCUGCGCGAGAACCCUCAAGAAGAGACAGGCAGCUGGGAAGACGAGGCAGAUGAUGACAGCGAUACCGAAUCCGUCGAUAGCGACGACGUCGAUUAUGACCAAGAGGCCGUCCGAAUCAAGACACUCAAGGACAGCGUGGAGAAGAUGGACUCGAUGCUUGAUACCCUGUUCAGCGUCUACACACCACACUUUGCGAAUCCUGGGUCAGACAAGGCGUUUGACAUGUUCAUCACGAUCCUGCGCGAGUUUGACCAAAUGGUCUUGCCGACGUACAAAUCACGACAUACGCAGUUCCUCAUCUUUCAUUUUGCACAGCAGCACGAGCGGCUCACCGACGCGUUUUGCGGUCAGCUUAUUGCUAGCGCCUUCCAGAGCAACACGCCAAAUAUCUUGAAGCAGGCCGCCGCCGCCUACCUGGCAAGCUUUGUUGCCCGAGGGGCACUCGUGCCGCGCAGCCUGGUGCGCACUAUCUUUAUGCUCUUGAUCCAUCAUCUGGAUCAGUAUCGCAGGAAAUACGAGCCCCUUUGCCGCGGUCCGGAUCUCAAGCGCUUCCACCCUUACUACAGCCUUCUACAAGCAACGCUCUACAUUUUUUGCUUCCGCUGGCAAGAUUUGAUUGUGUCUGCCCCCGAGUUUGUCGACCCCGAAGACCCGGCUUCUUAUAUUGGCCAGGAUCUUGAGUGGAUUGGCACGACGAGAAAAGAUCUUUCAACGCACAUCUUUGGCAAGCUCAACCCACUCAAGGUGUGCGCGCCCGUCAUUGUCGACGAGUUUGCUAAGCUGGCACAUCGACUCAACUUUAUGUACGCCUAUCCGUUGAUUGAAAGCAACAAACGCAUCCGGUUGACACAAUUCUUGUCGUCGACUUACUCUACCGGAGGCGCCCUCAGAGAUUCUGGGUUCGAUACUCAAGAGGAGAGUUUUCACCAGCUGGACCCAUACUUCCCGUUUGACCCAUACCAGCUGCCAGUGAGCAAACGGUGGCUAGCGAACGACUAUGUGCAUUGGAAAGCAAUCCCGGGCUUGAAUGCAGAAGAUGAUGAAGAAGACAGUGACGAAUUCGACGACGACGAGGAUGACGAAGAGCUUAACGAAGGCACCGCAACCGAUAGCGACGGCGGGGAGUCUGAGUAA